AUGACAACCUCACACUACCAAACCGAGACUUUCACAUCCGAAAACUUCAUCGAGAGCGCUGGGACAAUCCUCUUCCGCAUCUCAACACACGAUAUCUACAUCAUGCGUGAUAUAAAGCGCGACGAGUACAUCCUCCCCAAAGGACGUCGUAACGUAGACGAGUCCCGCCGCGACACUGCAAUCCGCGAAACAACCGAAGAAACAGGACUUUCUUGUCGUCUACUACCAGUUAACAUGAAAUCUCGCCUCUGUCCCUCUGACGUGAGAGAUGUCCCUGAUGAAGCACGUGUUUUCAAAGGUGUUUGUGAGCCGAUUUCAGUGCGGAUGAGAAGGAUUGGUGAGGGUCAGGUGAAGCUGAUUUGGUGGUAUGUUGCGGUUGUCAAUGAGAAUGAAACUGUCGGGAGGUGUGAGGAUGAGUUCGAGGUUGAGUGGUAUGGCUAUGAAGAGGUUCUGGAGAAGUUGACGUUUCAGAAUGAUCGGGAGUUAGUUGCGAGGGCUAUUCAACUAGUCCAAUCUUGUGACUUGUGA